CUGUCGGACUACAGUUCCCGUGGGGCCAUGUGGCAGCAUCGCGAGACUUGACUCGAAAGAGGCGGCGGGAAGGCGGCCCUUGCUGCAGCUACAGCAGUUAGGAGGGGUGGGUCCUGAGUAUGGCGGAUCGCUACAGUCUCGACACGGAUCAGACAACACGCACGCUCUUACGGCGCGUGCUGGAUGCAGCAGAUUCGCGCACCCCGAGGCGACGACGGAGUGCUCGUACUAAUGCACAGAGAACUCUGCUUCAAACACCUUCCUCCAAGAAGCAGGGUACACCUUCCUCCAAGAAGCAGGGUAGCCAAACAAGAACAACUGCUAGGAGGCAUUCCUAUGGCACUAGGUCAGGUGGCAGAUUGGCUCAUGUUCAAGCCCAUGGGCACCUGGAGGAACAGACACCCCGGACUCUGCUGAAGAACAUAUUACUAACUGCCCCAGAAUCGUCUAUUGUGAUGCCAGACUCAGUAGUGAAGCCAGUACAAGUACCAGAGAUGGUGGAGUCUUCGAGACGGGAAAGCAGUCCGGGAAGCCUGGAGCUACAGCUUCCUGAACUGGAACCCCCCUCAACCCAGGCUCCAGGUCUCCCAGCCACUGGCAAAAGGAAGCAAAGGCUGAGAUUGUCAGUAUUUCAGCAGGAAGUGAACCAGGGGUUGCCUCUCUCCCAAGAGCCACCUGGGAAUGCUGAUGUUUCAUCCUUGACCAGCUCCUUCAACCUCAGCUUUGUCCCACCUGUUCAGUCACAGUCAAUGAGGAGACCUGGUCUGGCCCGCAGACGUCCCAUACGCCGACCUGUGGAUGUAGGUGCUCUUUUGCAGGAUCUGGAAGAUAAUUCCUUGACCUCAGCUCUUCCAGGUGACACCCACAGAACCUCUGUUGCCACUCUGCCAACGGAUGUAGUGCUGGAAGACACCCAGCCUUUCUCACAGCCCUCGGGUGGCUGCUCCCUCCGAGCGCAUCAUUCUCUGCCCAUCCAUUCUCACUCUGGGGUUGAAGGUGCUGGAAGAGUUGUGGGCUGCAGGCCACAAAGCCCUGGGACCGGGCUGCAGAAGCACAUGAGCAGGACUAGCUUUGGUACUGCUCCUUUACCCUUGUUGGAGCUACAGCCUCAGCCUCCAGAACUAAGAGAAGCGGUAGGAUCCCAGGAGACUGUGGAGGCCAAGGGGCAAGAAGGCUCUUCGGGGGAUGAGGAUACUCCUGGCAGGUCAGCAAGUCCAGAGUUAGCCUCCAGCGCCUAUGACUUCCUCCAGGCUGAGCAGCCACAUCAGCUUCUUGAGCCCCCACCACCACCUGGAGUUGCACUUUCAGAGCCUCUGGAGUCUGUGCCAGCCAGGCUUCCUUCCAGGAAGAGAACUGCAGGUCCUAGGCACCGCCAAGACCCCUACAAGGCUGGACUGAGCUACUAUAUGAAGCUCUUUAGCUUCUAUACUAAGAUGCCUGUGGAGAAGAAGGCACUGGAGAUGGUGGAGAAGUGCCUAGACAAGUAUUUCCAGCACCUUUGCAAUGACCUGGAGGUAUUUUCUGCUCAUGCUGGCCGUAAGACUGUGAAGCUAGAGGAUUUAGAGCUGCUGUUGCGACGGCAGGGACUAGUCACGGAUCGAGUCUCGCUGCACGUGCUUGUGGAGCGGUACCUGCCCUUAGAGUACCGGCAGCUACUCAUCCCCUGUGCAUUCAGCGGCAAUUCUGUCUUCCCUGCCCAGUAGUGGCCAGCCCUUAACACUUGCCCUCUCCCUUCCUUGGACAACUUGGACCCACACAAUCAUCAAGGUCUCCUUCUCAUCUCCUAGCCCCAAUAAAGUCUCACAAAUG